UUCUUUACGACAAUCGCCACACCACACUUAGGCAUUCGACGAGAUGAAAAUAAAUUUUUAAUAAAAGUAGUCAGUUGGGUGUCAUCCAAUCUCAUAUCAAAAACAGGGGAACAACUAAAUUACGUGGAUAAGUUUGAUGGAGAUGAGCCGAUUCUCUCUGUUAUGGCGAAUCCUGAAAAGGUUUUUUACAAAGCCCUUGCUACAUUCAAAUACAGGAAGUUAUACGCAAAUACUAGAAAUGAUAGAACAGUGCCUUUCUGGACUGCUGCGAUAACUGAUGUUGAUCCAUUCGUAGAUAUUAAAAAAAUAACCAU